GACACACAGUGCCACAGGUUGGAGCUCAGGUAUUUCUCAGUCGGCUAUUGAGGAUGUGCAAGAUUUUUGGAAUUAAAUAAAAAAUAAAAAAAUACAUAUUACUCUCAUUAUUAAUUGCAUACAUUUAUACAAUCCAAAUUUAGCUAGAGUUAAUAAUUCUUCAUGUAAAAUUGAAUUAUUUAAUUUAGGAAAAAAAAAUUGAAAAAUUACGACAAGUGAGUGUUUAUAUUUAUAAAAAAUUUAAGUGUUAUAUUUACAAUUAUUAUUAUUAUUAUUAACAUCAUACGAUUUUAAAAUUGGAGUGUUGAAACGUGGAAUAUUUUUUUUUUUUUUUUUUGGAGUUUUGAGCAAAAUCUAACAUUGUGUUAUUGGUGAUCGAGAAAUCGUUUGAUCGAUAUUUUACACAUUCCAAGAAGACCGGAAUAAGCACUCAAUUUAGUUGCUUUUUAUAUUUUUAAAUUUUGCAAAUUAACAUCUACAAGACACUAUUAUUUUUGAAUAAAUUUGGGGCAAGAUGCCGUACUACAAUAACAGUGGACAUGGCUCUUCACCCUAUCCAAAAGAUGGACCAAGUGGACCAUCAAAUUCAUCAGGUGGUAGAAGUGGUGGUUCUGAGCCAACUUAUUUGAUGGAACAUUUGGCAACAUUUACAGUAACCAAAGAGACUGGUAUUGUUUAUCCAGCUGAUGGUAUGCGACGACUAUUACAACUUGAAAAAAGUAAUGGUAUAUGGAGUCAAAAAAUGCAGUUACGUCUUGAGCACAAUUGGGUUCUCAUAAUGGACCAUGAAACAGGGGCAGUUAUGGAGAGAUUUCCAGCUGGUCAAAUACAAGAACCAACAGCAUUUACAUCACGUGAUCCAAUGGAAAUGUACAAUAAUAUAUUAGUAUUUACAGUUGGUGAUGAUAGUGGAUCUGGACAAAAAUCAGAAAUGCAUAUAUUUCAAUGUCAAAGUGUAUCAGCCCAAGAUCUUGUUGAAGAUUUAAAAAUGUUACAAAUUGGUAAACUUGUACCUGGUGGUUCACCACAUGGUACACGUGGACAAAUACCACCACCACCAACUUUACCACCACCAGAACCACCAUUAAAUGGUAUUAAUGUACGUGAACAAGUAUCAGCAUUUAAUGCAAAUCAUAAUAAUCAUAAUAAUAAUCAUAUAAAUAAUAAUCAUAAUAAUACAAAUGAACGUGAAGAUAAUAAUGAUGAAGUAUCAUCAACAUCAUCAGAAAAAUAUGAACGUGAUGUUACAGUAUUAAAUCAUUGUUUUGAUGAUAUUGAAAAAUUUAUAGCACGUUUACAACAUGCUGCAGCAGCAUCACGUGAACUUGAACGUAGACGUCGUAAUCGUAAAUCUAAAAAACGUGUACUUGGUGAAGGUAUGUUGACAAUGCGUGCAAAACCACCACCUGAAAAUGAAUUUAUUGAUAUAUUUCAAAAAUUUAAAUUAUCAUUUAAUUUAUUGGCAAAAUUAAAAGCUCAUAUACAUGAUCCAAAUGCACCAGAACUUGUACAUUUUUUAUUUACACCAUUGGCACUUAUUGUUGAUGCAUCACAUGAUACAAAUUAUGAUCAAAAUUUACCAUCAAAAGUUGUAUCACCAUUAUUAACACGUGAAGCUGUUAAUUUAUUAAUAAAUUGUGUUACAAGUAAAGAAACUGAAUUAUGGCAAUCACUUGGUGAUACAUGGACAAUGGCACGUGAUCAAUGGAAAGGACAUGUACCAUCAUAUCAUCCAAUAUUUAUGGAUGGUUUUUCACCAGAUUAUCCAAUACCAGAAGAACGUGAUCGUGAACAUGAUCAUUUAGCAUCAUUAUUAAAUGCUGAUAAACAAAAAAGGGAUGAAAUACCAGAACAACAACCUGAUAAUUAUUAUGGUCAUCGUGAUGCUGAAGAAUCACAUUAUAGCUCUGAUUAUCUUGAAUAUGAAGGUCGUGAAGAACGUGGUAAUGAUUAUUUUGAUCGUGAUAGAAAUUAUGGUACUGGAUCAGAUGUUUAUGGUAGAGAAGAAAGAGAUAGAUCAGAUCAAACACGUGCACAUAGUGAUAUAUCUGUUGAUUCAAUUGAAAGAAGUGGUGGACAAAGAGGAGGUGGUGGAGGUGGUGGUGGUGGUGUUAAUACUGGUGGAGGUGGUGGUAGUGCAUGGUUUGAUGAUCUUAUUAAUCGUCAUGCUAAAAUUGUACAAGUUACAUAUCCAAGAACAGCUAAUAAUGACAAAGAAUUAACUGUUGUACGUGGUGAAUAUUUAGAAAUACUUGAUGACAGUAGAAAAUGGUGGAAAGCGAGAAAUUCAAGAGGACAAAUUGCACAUGUACCACAUACUAUUGUUGCUCCUCAUAGUGCUACAUCUUCUAAUAAUGAUAAUGAUGUAUUUAAUAAUCCACUUUAUACAACGAGAUAUCAAAGACAAGGCCAUGGAUAUAAUUAUGAGGAUUCUGAAAUUGAGGGUACCAGUACAAGUCCAGGACCUGAAGCAACUCAUCGACCUCAUGCUAUUCCACCACCAGCACCAGUAGAGUGGGUACGCAAAGAACGACUUGGUAAGAAAGGUGAAUUUCGAUAUUUUUAAAUAUUCAUUCAUCAUAUCAUCAUUAAUUUUCAACAAUAUUAUCUUUGAAAAAAAAAUAUCAAAAGAAAAGUCCAUUUUCAUGAUGUAAUAAAAUGUUUGUGUACAUAACAAAAAAAAAACAAAUGGACUGACACAAGUCCACUUAGAAAAAAAGGACUAA